UGAGCCGUAGAUGGUACAGUCUAACGUGCAGUUCCCGUCUCCGCUGUUGCUUUGCUCUGCGUGCGGGCUGCAGUUUCCUGUGGAAGAGUCGAUGCAAGAGAGGACCAUGGCGGCCACAGAGAUAGCUCGACAAGCGGGAGAGGGUGCACGUGCUGUCCCACUCUCUGGUCAUGUUGGCUUCGACAGCAUGCCAGACCAGCUGGUCAACAAAUCCGUCAACCACGGCUUCUGCUUCAAUAUUCUCUGUGUUGGGGAGACGGGUUUGGGAAAAUCCACCCUCAUGGACACCCUGUUCAAUACCAAGUUUGAAGGUGAGCCUACGCAACACAAUCAGCCCGGGGUGCAACUCAAGUCCAACACUUACGAGCUGCAGGAGAGCAAUGUUCGCCUCAAGCUGACUGUUGUCAACACUGUAGGCUUUGGCGAUCAGAUCAACAAAGAGGAAAGUUACAAGUCUAUUGUGGAGUUCAUUGAUGCUCAGUUUGAAGCGUACCUUCAAGAGGAACUGAAGAUUAAGCGCACCCUACACAGUUAUCAUGAUACACGGAUCCACGCCUGUCUGUAUUUCAUUGCCCCCACUGGACACUCACUAAAGUCCCUUGACCUAGUUACUAUGAAGAAGCUGGACAGUAAGGUGAAUAUCAUUCCCAUCAUUGCCAAAUCAGAUGCCAUCUCAAAGAGUGAACUCGCCAAGUUCAAAAUCAAGAUCACAAGCGAGCUGGUGAGCAAUGGCGUGCAGAUCUACCAGUUCCCCACUGAUGAUGAGACCGUGGCAGAAAUCAACUCAACCAUGAAUGGUCAUUUGCCUUUUGCAGUUGUUGGAAGCACUGAGGAAGUAAAGAUUGGGAACAAGAUGGUGCGAGCACGCCAGUACCCCUGGGGAACUGUCCAGGUGGAGAACGAGAAUCACUGUGACUUUGUGAAGCUGAGGGAGAUGUUGAUCAGGGUGAAUAUGGAGGACCUGCGAGAGCAGACCCACACACGCCACUAUGAGCUCUAUCGCCGCUGUAAGCUGGAGGAGAUGGGCUUCAAAGACACAGACCCUGACAGCAAGCCCUUCAGCCUGCAGGAAACAUACGAAGCCAAGAGGAAUGAGUUCAUGGGUGAGCUGCAAAAGAAAGAGGAGGAGAUGAGGCAGAUGUUUGUCCAGAGAGUCAAAGAGAAAGAAGCAGAGCUGAAAGAGGCAGAAAAGGAGCUGCAUGAAAAGUUUGACCGUCUUAAGAAGCUCCACCAGGAUGAGAAGAAGAAACUCGAGGACAAGAAGAAAUCUCUCGACGACGAGCUGAACGGCUUCAAGCAGAAAAAGACGGCUGCAGAGCUCUUGCAAUCUCAGGCCCAGCAGGCAGGGGGAUCCACCACGCUCAAGAGAGACAAAGAAAGGAAAAAUUAACCCUUCACCUGCUCCCAGUCCUGCAUGAGACACCUUAUGCUGCUUCUUUUAACUUUGUCUUGGCCACCUGUCUGAAGAGGGGAUUACAACGACAACUAAACGUCCGCUCUUCUUCCUGUCUUUCUCACUCAGUCAGCCUUUUUUCAAGUUUAUUUACAUUUUUAGUUUCUAGUUUUCAUGCUGUGUGCCCUGUUGAACAUGGCCUUAUGUGAGUUUAACAUGGUAUUUUUCACAAGAUACUUCAGUUCUUUAUUAGGGCAUGCUAAGCAGUCCCUCAUAAGUAUUUUUACAGCUGGUGACAGCAGAACGAGUUAAAAUGUAGUUUCUUUUCAUUUGUAGAGGGUCAAACCCUAGCCUUGACAUUGAGUCUGUGAUAUUGCCUUGAGUUUCAGUUUUUACAAUGACACAUUCAUUUAGUUUCUUUUAUAAAUACCUGUGUUUGUGAAUGAACUUGCAUGUCCUCAUAAAAUAACAUAAAGUUAACUGUGAGGAUCAGACAGAUACUAACUCAUUCAUUUGCAAGCACUAGACUGUAUGUGCUAAAAAGUAAUGUAGGGUGUAAACUACAUUGGGUGAAGUAAGAAGAUAUAUUUUGACACACUGGCUGUGAAAUAUUGAGGAAAUCCAAAGAAAAUGGACUCGCAUGUUCCUGGUUGUUAAUGCAGCAGAUAUGUUAAGUGAGAGAUUAACUAUUUAGUUGCCAUUUUACCAAGAAUCUUUAUCUGAAAGCAUGAGGUGAAUCUAAAAGAUUUCUAUUGUUUUUUUGUAAUGCCCUAUACACAUUUUACAGGACACUUUUCAAGUUUAAAAAGUCAGCAGUAUAGUUAUUUAUUUAAUUCAAAAAUAAAAUCGGAGAGAGUAAUGAGGCACCUAUUAAAUACCAUGUAGGUCACAUUCAAUGCCACUUUUUAUUCUUUAUCUUCUGUUCUUUUGCAUGCCCUGAGCAUAUUAUUUUUGUGAGGUCAUUUUAAAAGACUUAGCUUGAACAUGUUUACUCCUCAAAUGCUUUUUUAAGAAUAUUUUUAUGUGUAUUUAUUCCAGGUACAAUGUUGAGUCAAAUACAUAAAUGCUGUUUCCCAUUUUGCCAAAUGCUGCAUUUAGGUGUAUGUGAAGGGUUUCCAGUGAUUAAUUUUUAUUAAUCAGUCACUAGGUACUGUAGAAACAUGUUUUAUUGAAAACGUGACUCAUUUCUGUAUGAAACAUUUUGGGUGUGAAGAUUGGCAUACAUUUUUUACUCACCUUCCAUAUUUUCCUCUUAAUGUCAAUUGCACCACCCCAUAAUACCAGACAUUUGUGAAAUAUUUAACUGUAGUACAAAUCCAUGGUGUACAUUUUCAAUAAAAAUACAUAAAAACAA